AUGGCCGACGAAGUCGAGGAAAACCAGGAGCUCGCGCUAACCACGACGAGUACCGAGAUUGCUGCGCCGACGGAAAAGAAGGUGAAGAAGAUCAUACGGAAGAAGAAGCGCCCGGCAAGACCGCAAAUCGACCCUGCCUUGAUCAAGUCGGAACCACCACCGCAAACUGGUACGAUCUUCAAUAUCUGGUAUAACAAAUGGUCGGGUGGCGAUCGCGAAGACAAGUAUCUGUCAAAGACGCCAGCGAAAGGACGAUGCAAUAUCGCAAAGGACAGCGGAUAUACCAAGGCAGAUAAGGUCCCUGGGAGCUAUUUCUGUCUCUUUUUCGCGCGCGGUGUAUGCCCGAGAGGCCAGGACUGCGAGUACCUCCACCGGCUUCCCGGUAUACACGACAUCUUCAAUCCCAACGUUGACUGUUUUGGGCGGGACAAGUUUUCAGACUACCGAGAUGAUAUGGGUGGCGUUGGAAGCUUCAUGCGACAGAACAGAACGAUCUACGUGGGGAGGAUACAUGUCACUGACGAUAUCGAGGAGAUUGUGUCUCGACACUUUGCGGAAUGGGGUCAGGUUGAGCGUGUCAGAGUCCUCAAUACCCGUGGCGUCGCCUUCAUAACAUACACAAACGAGGCGAAUGCCCAGUUUGCGAAGGAGGCAAUGGCCCAUCAGGCUCUGGACCACGAAGAAGUACUGAACGUGCGCUGGGCGACAGCCGAUCCGAAUCCCAUGGCUCAGGCAAGAGAAGCUAGACGGAUCGAGGAACAGGCGGCAGAGGCGAUUAGACGUGCACUCCCUGCAGAGUAUAUUGCAGAGAUUGAAGGGAGGGAUCCAGAGGCAAGGAAACGCCGCAAGCUCGAGAGCAAUUAUGGCUUGGAAGGAUACGAAGCGCCAGAUGAAGUGCAUUUUGCCCGUGGCUCCAAUGCUGUCAAUCCCCUGGGAAGGGAUGGAUAUGAACUCGAACACGAGCAGCGAUUGAUGAUCGAGAGCGGCGAGCUCGACGGGGAGCAACUCGCGAUCGAGCCAGCUCAGCCUGUCGAGGGCAAUGGCAUCUUUUCCAGCAACACUCUGGCUGCUUUGAAUUCAGCUAAGGUCGCUGUCGCGUCAAAGCCUAAAGCCACCGCAUCUGCCGGGCCUCUAGUAUCUUACGAUAGCGACAGUGAUUAA